AGCAGGGCGGAAACCAGCAGCCGGAGGACCCACCCACCUCCAGCCUGCAUCGUCUCUUCCUGGAUCAACCACCGAGUCCGUUCGAAGUUUUGAAAAAUGAGUUACCCAGGAUACCCUCAACAGCCCGGUGGUUACCCACCACAGACAGGGGGCUACCCACCUCAGCAAGGAGCAUAUCCACCCCAGGCAGGCGGCUACCCUCCUGCAGCAGGGGGAUACCCUCCGGCAGCAGGAGGUUACCCUCCACAGGCAGGCGGAUACCCCCCACAGGCAGGCGGAUACCCACCCCAAGCUGGCGGAUACCCACCCCAAGCUGGCGGAUACCCACCCCAAGCUGGCGGAUACCCACCCGCAGCGGGAGGUUACCCUCAAGCAGCAGGGGGCUACCCUGCCCAGGCAGGCGGCUACCCUGCCGCAGCUGGAGGCUUCCCUCCCCAGGCCGGAGGAUACCCACAGCAGCCUGGAGCAGGAGGCUAUCCUGCCAUGCCUCCAGCAGGUGGAGGCUGGGGUGCGGCACCAGGCGGUUAUGGCGCGCCAGGAGGAGCUCAGCAGGGAUACCAAGGAGGCCCUGCCCCAGGCCAACCCAUGCCAAAUUACCCCGGGGCCCCAGCCACGAACCCCUCAAUGCCUGGAUAUGGAAGUGGAGUUCCAUCGAAUCCUCAGAGCCCGGCCAAACCUAAAGGCUACAGGGGUUCUAUUAAGGACUGUCCAGGCGCUGAUCCACUGAGGGACGUUGAAGUUCUUCGCAAGGCCAUGAAGGGUUUUGGCACUGAUGAAAGCGCCAUUCUUGAACUUCUGGGAAGUCGCACCAGCAAGCAGCGAGUACCAAUGGUGCCUGCCUACAAAACGACCUAUGGAAAGGAUUUAUUCCACGAUCUGAAGUCUGAGCUCACUGGAAACUUUGAGAAACUGGUUGUUGCCAUGAUGUUGAGUCCCUCGCACUUUGACGCGUUUGAACUCAGAGAGGCUAUAAAGGGCGCAGGAACUGAUGAAGCUUGUCUGAUUGAGAUUCUGUCAUCACGCUCCAAUGCAGAGAUUCGUCAAAUCACCACUAUCUACAAAUCUGAGUACGGGAAGACCCUGGAGGACGCCAUCAGCAGCGACACCUCUGGUCACUUCCGCAGGCUCCUGGUCUCUCUCAGUCAGGGAAACCGUGACGAAAGGGAGACUGUUGACAUCUCUAUGGCUAAACAGGAUGCUCAGAAACUUUAUGCUGCCGGAGAACACAAAGUGGGAACAGAUGAGUCUCAGUUUAAUGCCAUCCUGUGUGCUCGCAGCAAGCCUCACCUCAGAGCAGUUUUCCAUGAGUACCAGCAGAUGAGUGGGAGAGAGCUUGAGAAGAGUAUCUGCAGGGAAAUGUCUGGCAAUGUGGAGGAUGGCAUGGUGGCUGUGGUGAAAUGCAUCAAGGACACCUCUGCAUACUUUGCAGAGAGGCUCCACAAGGCCAUGAAGGGUGCAGGCACCAAGGACACCACCCUCAUUCGGAUCAUGGUGUCCCGCUCUGAGGUUGACAUGCUGGACAUCCGAAAGGACUAUUUGAAGGCCUAUGGAAAAUCCCUCUACACUGAAAUCUCAGGUGACACCUCUGGAGAUUACAAGAAGCUUCUACUGAAGCUGUGCGGGGGUAGCGACUAAAUGAAAAGAAGCUAAACCCUCCAAUGGACAGUAUAUGUACGUCCACACUGAAACAAUGUUAUAGGACUUACUAUCACCUCUGAUGCAUGCAGUUAAUAUUAGUUUUCCUGAAACAAUGGUAAAUUAACAUUAGUUUUGUAUUCUCUUCAAUGAAAUAGAUACUACUGUAUGAUUGCCAAAUAGCAAAAAUAUAUUAAUAUGAAGAGUUAUAAAGACACAGUAGAUUGAUUUUAUUUGAUGAGGUGAAUGAGAACCAGAAAAUGUCAAACUCAAUCAACAAAAAUGAAACUUAUUAUUGUGCUAACAAUGUUAUAUCGUAGUCCAACAAUCUGCUGCCCAACUCAGUUUGUGAUCAUUAAAAGUUUUAAAAGAAAAAUUGUCAUGAUCCCAAACUGGAUGAAGAGAGUGUAAUGAAGUGAAGGAUGAAAAAAAGGUGAAGGCAAGCGGCUCAAAUAUAUUUUUCACAGUAUAUCAUUUCAGCAUUAUUGGGGCAAAAUUUACUGCACUGCCAAUCAUUUCAUGUGUGCAAAGUUAUAAAAUAAAAAGCUAUAUGAGACUGUUAAACCGGUUUUCUCAAAAUGAUUCUUAUAAAGAAUCAUCUGUUGCUUCUUUAACAAGUGACAGACAAAUCCAGGUUAUUGUUUGAAUGUAAGAAAUAAAGAUCUGCAAAGGGCAUGUUCGUGCUAACUAACAAGAAUUCUACUUCUGCUUUAAAGUCUAUGAAAGUUGCUAUAUAUUUUUAUUUAUAUCAGCUCUAAAAAACAUGUUUAGCUCCUUAAAUGUAAAACUUUCCAAUCAUUGCUCAGCAUUUACAGACGGAGUUGCCUUUCUCUGAACAUUGAAAAGCCAAAGCAUAAAGACAUAUCAUUUUGUGCCUUUUGUCAGGGCUGCCAAGUGCAGAGAUAUUUGAUGUUUCAAUGUGCAAACCAUCCCUUACCGUACAUGUGCUUUUGCAGAAAUGUAAACUUUAUAUUGUAUGGUUUUUAAUACCUUGCUUACACAUUCUGUCAUAGUGUCCUGUACUGGUUUAUUCUGCCAGUAGAGGGCUCUUGGCUCACAUGAAGAGCCGUUGCUGAUGUCUGUGGUUCUGUUGCCUCCUGACUGGGAGUUUGGCAUCGAGCUGAAUAUCUAAUGCACUAACUCUACUUUUAAAUCAUCCUUAUAACAUGAUAAUGUUAGGAACUGAAUGCCUUGUAUUGUUCUAACAUUUCGCCAUUUGAUAGUUCCAGCAUUGAAGCAGCCACUUUCAAUAAAAAAAUAUUUGGCAUAUCUGGA